CCAUAAUAUGCCUAUUUACUCUCAAGCAUAAUUUGCAUACUUUUCCUAGAUCUAUUGAAGUGAAGAUGGGCGAUCUUGUCUUGGGUCCUAUUGUUGAUGCCACCAUAUCCAAGGUGAUUUCAGUUGCUACUGAGCAAAUCAACCUUGCAGUCAGUUGGAAGGCAGAGCUCAGAAGACUUUGCAAGAAGUUGACCAUGAUUCGUGCUGUGUUGCAAGAUGCAGACAGAAGGCAAGUUGGAGACUCAGCUGUGAAGCUUUGGCUUGAGAACCUCAGAGACGUGGCUCGUGAGGCUGAGGAUGUUGUGGAUGAGGUUGUUUAUGAAAGACUGAAACAGGAGGUAUGGAUUCAAAAGCAAAUGAGGAAGAAGGUCUGUCUCUUCUUUACUUUCUCCAAUCCUUUCAUAUUUCGUCUCAAGAUGGCUAAUAAGAUCAAGAAUCUUAUUGCUUCUAUAGUUGAGAUUAAUGAGGAGGCCAAACAAUUUGGACUUCAGUCCAGAAAUGCUACCCAUGAAUCUAGAAGCAACCCUCAAACAGCAUACUCCUUUCCUAGUUAUUGUCCUAGAGUCAUAGGAAGAGAGAAUGAUGUGUCAAAAAUAGUUGACUUGUUGAUUGAUCCAAAUAAUGAGGAGUCCCUUUCUGUUAUAUCUGUAGUGGGUAUGGGGGGUCUAGGAAAAACCACCUUAGCAAAAUCAGUGCAAAAUCAUGAGAAAAUAGUGAGGAAUUUUGGUAAAACAAUUUUCAUUUGUGUGUCUGAAGUCUUUGAUGUCAAAAAAAUCCUAAAAGAGAUGUUAGAAUCUCUCACCAAAGAGGGUUGUUCAAUUGAAAAUGAGCCUAUCAUAGUGGGAAAAAUACAAGAUGAGUUAAAAAAUGAAAACUGUCUACUAAUCUUAGAUGAUGUGUGGAAUGAGGAUAGAAUGAAGUGGGAAACCUUAAGGGGUUGUUUGUUAGAAAUAACUAAAAAUAAAGUAAGUAGAAUGGUUGUGACAACUCGAAGUGAAAAUGUAGCAUCUAUAAUGGGAGCACUUGGAGAACACAUGUAUCAUCUUGAAGGACUAAAAGAUGAAGAGUGUUGGUCUAUAAUAAAGCAGAGAGCAUUCGGAGGUUCUUCAGUGCUGGAUCUGGAGUUGGAAGCGAUUGGAAGGCAGAUCGCUAAAAAAUGUAAAGGUGUACCCUUAGUUGCCAAUGUCAUUGGGGCUAGUCUGAGUAAUCAAAGGGAUAGGGGUGAAUGGGUGUCAGUUAACAAUAGUUUGAGUUCACUGGAAGAUGAUAGGCGGACAUGGACUGUUCGAGUUUUACAGUUGAGUUUUGAUCGCCUACCUAACACAACAUUGAAGCAAUGUUUUGCCUUUUGUUCCAUUUUCCCCCAGGAUUGGGAAAUUGAAAAGGAGAUGUUAAUUCAACUUUGGAUGGCUGAAGGCUUUCUUCAACCAUCACAGGGAAGUUCUAUGGAGGAUAUUGGUAACAAGUAUUUCAAUGACUUGUUGUCAUAUUGUUUGUUUCUAGAGGAAGAAAGAGAUUCAACUGGAAAGAUUAUGUCAUGCAAAAUGCAUGAUUUAAUUCAUGAUCUUGCCACUUACAAUUCAAAAUUUGAAACACUUAUUUUGAAAGCUGGUUCAGAGAGCAACAUUGCACAUGUUCGGCAUUUGAAUCUCGUUGAUGCUGAGGAAAUAGUGCCUACAAAUUUAGCAGAGGUGGCUGGAAAACUACACUCCUUAUUUCUCAGAGGUGAUAUUUUGGGCAAGAUGCCAGAUAGCUUCAAAAGGUUACGCAUUCUUAGCUUUGGAAUAGGUAGCCUUUGGAGAAUUGAUAUUGGGCAGUUGCCAACUUGGAUCGGCAAGAUGAAGCAUUUGAGGUAUCUAGACAUUUCAAGCACCAACAUUAAAGAACUCCCCCAGUUUAUCAUGGAGUUGUAUAGUUUGCAGACACUGAGGUUCAUGUGGUGUUUUCAGAUUGUAAAACAGCCAGAAGGGGUGGAAAACUUAGUCAGCUUGAGACACAUUUAUUUCAAUGGAAAAAAUUGUAUGCCACUCAGAAUUGGUAGGCUAAAGGGUCUUCAAACGUUGCAGUUAUUUGUUGUCGGUCCACAAGAGGGAAGUCGAAUUGAGGAAUUGGGAUGCUUGAACCAACUUGGAGGUAAAUUAAGGAUAUGUGAUCUAGAGCAUGUUGAAAACUACUCAGAAGCCGAGAAAGCAAAUCUUUCGGGAAAGAUUGGACUUUAUAAGUUGAGUUUGGAAUGGACAGAAAGAAAUACAGAAGAAUGUAAUCAUGAUGAAGAUGUGUAUAUUUUAUUAAACCUCAGCUUCUGUAAAAACUUCCCAUCCAUCACUAAGUUUAUCCUCACCAUCACCAUAUUAGUAAGCACAUUUAUCUUUUCGUCAAUUCAGAUUUCAAAGCAACACCUGAAAUCAAAUUUGUCAAUUUAUAUGGUAGUCCCUCGAAGUUCCAUUUUUUUGCAGGGCAAUACAUGAGUAAUACUUCUAGAACGUAGCCUUAAAACUCAGUGUCACUCUGUAAAUUGAAGCAGAAGAAGGAAUUAUGUCAUACAUGACUUUUAAGGCAUGGAACCUUAAGUGGUAAUAGAUUAUAUUCUUUUCAUGAGGAAGUCACUUGACAAAGCAAAAAUGUAUCAAGUAUGCCUUCUAGAUCAUUUAAAAGUCUUAUUUAAGCAUUAGUGCUUUACAUUUGAGCAUAUAUAGUCUUUCCAACUGAGUACUAUCAUACAUUUUAUUUGUUUGAGAAUUAAUUUUGUGUAUUGUAGUUGUUCACUGUUCAGUAUCUCAUUCAUUAAGCCACAAGGCCUUUUAGAAGUAAGUUAAGGAGAAUAGCAGAUACAAAGUAGCUUAUGGACUUUGAUGAAGGUCUGUUAGUGUAAAAGUAAUUCUCAACUUAAAAUUCAUCUAAAAUGAAUAUGCUUUUGUUAUUUGCUCCACUUAUGACUUGUACAGUUUAUCAUAAAGUUCAUUGUUGUUUGUUUGUUUGUUAUCUUCUUCGCUGAUUAUUUGAUAUUAAUUUCUGUUUCUUCAGUUCUAGCUGCAGUUGUGCAAACUUCAGUUGUCAGUAGACGGUCCCUUACUUGAGUUGAGUAUCACAGCCUCAUUUCCAAUUAGCGUAAACCACAUUCUUUCAGAGAGAUAGUUAAAGGAUGAGCAAUUUUGUGCUAGAGGCUCAAGAUUUUGUUCUGGAUGGCAACGUCUUCAAUAGGAGGAUUAUCAACUUCUUUGAUACAUCAAGGAGCUAACUAGACUUUGCUUUUCUGCACUUUGAUUAUUCUAUAGAGACUUACUACAUGACAAUGGCUGCUACAUUUCAAUCAUCUACCAUUUUGAUCCCAAUGGCAGUAGAAUUAUAUGGGUUAUGAGUUUUGAUAUAAGAUUCGGUGAACAGAGCUUCUACUGAAGAUAUGGUGGAAAAAAAAAUUCUAGAUGUUUGUUUGUACUUUGAUAUUCACAUAGUGAAGUAUUCUCCUAAUUCUGUCUGUACACUAAAUCUGUUUCUUUGAACUUCUUUGAUUAUCUGUUUUCGUAUCUAAUGGUCAUGCCGUACCUCAUGUCUAAAACACUAUCUGUAAUGGUGCACUCUUUUGGGUGUUGAAGUUUAUAUAUCCAAUGAAAUAUGUUGCUUGCACUAGUCUUAAAUGUUCAACUCCGACGUGUCUAGGGAAGCUAACAUGUGUACUGAUUUCCUGGAGAAUAUGGAUCACAACCUCCCUUCUUUUGUCUGUCAUCAUCUGAAACGCUGGCCCUUUGGCCUGGGGAUGUUCUUGUGAAUAGACAACUCACAAUAUAACGAAACAAGUUGGUUCUCACCCCACUUCACAAAAGUAACAGUGAUUCAAUCAUCUUAUUUUAAGUGUAAAGAGGAUGCUUAUACAUAUUUGGUUCUUAGAAAAACUUCAUAAAAUUAAAGUUAAUUAUCUUAAUAAUAACUAUUCCAAUAUUUCUUUGCUAAAGAUCUUAUGUAUUUCAACCAAAUGUAAGCUUGGAACAAUUGAACUAUA